AUGGACAGUGGCGACCCCAGCAAGCCCACAGGCGAGGAGGAGGAAGCUGAUCUUUACAACUUGCUUGGUGUUGAAAAUUCAGCGACAGCAAGUGAAAUUAAAAAGGCGUAUCGAAAGGCUGCACUACUGUACCAUCCCGAUAAGGUACCUAAAGACCAGAGGGCAGAAUCCGAAGUCAAGUUCAAGGCCGUUACCCAGGCGUACGAAAUUCUCCGCGAUGAUGAAAAGAGGAAGCUUUAUGACCAAUACGGCAUGGCUGCCUUCGAUUCAACCCGGGGUGGGCCAGGUGACGCCGGCGUCGACUUGAACGACAUGCUGGCGCAGAUGUUUGGCAUGAACGUUGGCGGUGGCGCCGGUGGCCAGAGGCGCCCGAGGCGAGGUCGUGACGAGGAACAGCAGUAUAAGGUCACCCUGGAAGAACUAUACAAGGGUAAAACGGUCAAGUUCGCUGCAAACAAGCGUGUGAUCUGCAGUCAGUGCAAGGGCUCGGGCGCAAGGGAGAAGGUGAAGCCGCAGCAGUGUGAUAGGUGCAAGGGUGCCGGCGUACGGGAAGCUUACCGCCAAGUUGGGCCCGGCCUUAUCCGUCAAGAAGUACUGCCUUGUGACAAUUGCGAUGGUACUGGGAUGUUCUACAAGGAGAAGGACCGUUGUAAGAAGUGCAAGGGUAAAAGGACUGUUGAGGAGACGAAGGCGUUGGAAAUCUAUAUUCCUCGUGGGUCCAUGCAAGGCGAGCACAUUGUUCUUGAGGGCGAGGCGGACCAGUUUCCUGACCAGACUCCCGGUGAUAUAGUUUUCACCUUGGUGGAGGAACCACAUGAGAUCUUUACUCGCGUUGGUGACGACCUAUCUGCGGAGCUCAAAGUGACUUUGGCAGAGGCCCUAGGGGGGUUUGCCCGGGUUGUACUAAAGCACCUUGAUGGCAGGGGCAUUCACCUUGGGCACCCUCGAGGGAAGAUCCUGCAGCCUGGUGAGAUCCUCAAGGUGGUAGGGGAAGAACCGUCGAUAUCUGCCGAGGAGGUCGACGAAGUCGAGUACGAGACUAAUGCUGACAUUGAACAGAUGGGAGGCCACUCGUACCAUUCAAGACCUGGUAUGGUUUGGGAGGACGAGGACGAUGAUGAAGACCAGAGUGGCCCACAGUGCGCGACUCAGUAA